CGUUGCGACUUGCUGCUGCAUAGUAAAGAUUUGAUUGCAGAAAAUGCUUGAUACGCCACGAGUUCAAGGUCCGAUGUGACUUUGUUGCGUAUGUUAUGAUAAGAAUUCUGGCUCGUCUAGGUAAUCUCUGAGUUUGCUUUUGUUUCGAUAAACAUACUACAGAUCAUCAUAUGACCAUCUCAGACUCACAAUAUAACCUCAUCGAUACAUUCCUCUCUCCCCUCCCAUUCCCCCAUCCCCCCCUACAUCACCCACCCACCACCCACACCCUAAUGCCCCCCAGUAUACCACCACCACAUAUUCCCAUCAACCAUCUUCCAAUGCUUCUGCUGCGAGGGAUACACCGCCCCACUCUGCAUAUCCGUCACGAAUCUAUCUAUCGCACUCAGGUUACUCAGAUUGAUCGUUGCUUUGCCGCAGUCGGGACAGGGGACGAAGGAGGAGGGGAUGUCGCUGACGGAUUGGAUGCGGCAGUCUGGGCAAACUUGUGGCAUUUUUUUGUUGUGGUUGUUUUUUGUAGUUGGGGGCGAGGAACGUGAUGCUGUUGAAAAGGAUUCUGCUUGGGGGGUUGUAAGAGGUUUAGGUCGUGUUUUGUAAGGGGCUUAUAUUUGAAGAUGGGUAGUGGGAUUCAAGGUGUUGAAGUUGCGGAGAGGACGGUCAUUGAUGAAAGUAGGUGAACGGUAAACUCACCGCCUGAUUCACAAGCUACUCUACAAUUGACUUCUUGUGACAUGAAGAAGAGAUCUUGACUCAUGG